AUUUAAAGUGAUAUCUUGUAUUACUUGGUAGUUUUUAACCUAAAAAAAUCGUGAAUCUUUUGCAUUAGGUACAUAUACCUAUUUAUAUCGAUUACACCUAAUUUUUUGCAAUCGUUUAGUAUAAUUAAAAUGGAUUAACUUAAAUUUCCAAGAAAUUAGCUUUAAUGAUCCCUAAUCAAGAUAAUGUAUAAAAAGUGAUAAAAAGGUAGUUACAUUUUUGACAAUUUAUAUAGCGGUUGUUAAAACUUGCAUACAAAUUGAAAACAGACCUUUCAAUACUUUUUUUGUGUCAGCACCAUGAAAUUAUUAUUAAAAAUAUGGUGCUCUUUCGGAUUAGGAGUGGCAUUUAUUGGAUUUAAUUUUGCAGAUAUUUGUCCUAGAAAAGAUGGGACAGAAUUAAUAUCUGAUCCGACCAAUUGUAGCCGAUAUGUUGUCUGUCGAAAUGAAGAGGCUAUCUACAUGGCAUGUCCGAGCGGUUUACACUUCGAUGAAAAACACAAAAGUUGCACCUAUCCAGAAAUAAUAAAUAGAGACAACCCCUGCGAAUAUUCUGAUAUGAUUUAUUUUAAAGCUCACCAUUGUGAUUGUAGAAAAUAUAUUUAUUGUGAUAAUGGACGAGUUACAGAGCUAGAUUGUCAAAACAGUAAAUUUGGGUUUAUCAAUAAAAGAGUUAAUGAAGUUUGUAAUAGAUCAAUAUGUCGUAGAUAAAAUGUUAGUAAAAUAUGUUAGUAAAAUAUGUUAUCUGUAUGCUGUUUCUAAAUAAAAAUAAUGAAGUUAUUA